CGUACGACUUUCAUUCAGAAGCUUGUUCACUCGCAAUGCGUGAAGGUGCGUUUACGUAUACUCGAUUUUGUACCUCCACGCAUUUGAUGCACAUUUACGUACUCGAAGAAAAAUUACUAAAAAGCUAUUGGAAGACUUUCAUCUCCUAGCAGCGAAGAAAACAGAAAUAAUAUUCUGAGUUUGCUGGAUUGCAAGCGGACGAAUAUGAAGAAAAUUUGGAUUAACAGUUCCACUGAAGUGGUUAUGCGGGCAGUUGUAUUUCUUACACUGUGUGCCAUGGCAGUAAGUGGAAAGAUGAAAUGCAAGCCAGAUGAGGUAAAGAUGUGUGCAAACAAGGACUGGCAAGAGUGUUUUUGCAGAAAGUGCUUGUCGUGCCCUCCAGGUUAUGGACCAAAUCGUCCAUGUGGUGGAAGAUAUGUGAAUGGUAGUACGAUAAUAAAGUGUAUACCAUGCAUUAGUUUAAAAAAUUAUUCUCAUGAGUAUAGCAUCGCCUCCUGUCAGCCAUGCGUUCAGUGUGAGGGCAAAAAGACUCUGCAAGAAUGUACAGCCAAAAGCAAGCGUAUUUGUAGUACCAUAUGCCAAGAAGGGUACAGCAUGAACUAUGCUACAGAUGAAUGCUUACCAGACCCCUCAUUCAAGACACCUCCUGGACAGAGCAGUACUACAGCAAAAUGGACUACCACCCACUUGCCUAAGACUACUACUACUCAGCAACCUAGUAGCACCACCCCAAUCCAACUCACCAAAACUCAAACAAAACCACAUGGAACUACAAAAUCUAGUACUCAUCCUGACAUUUCUGGAAGCAACUUGGAAAGCAAUUCUGCAAACAACUCUGAAAGCAAUUCUGCAAGCAACUCUGCAAGCAAUCUUGUAAGCAAUUCUGCAAGCGGUGAUUCCAGCCAUUCAAGGGAUAACAAAAUAAUUAUCCUAUCAGUGUCCGGCAUAACACUAGUGGUAGGUGUGGUGUGUUUCCUCAGGAACAGACAGAUGUUUUGCUUCCGCCAUGCCACUGGGAAUCAAAAUUCUGAGGAAAUACCAUUGUCUGAUUAUAAGGAUUCUAUAUCUCCAAGAUCUUCUCAAGAAAUAGUCCCAUGGCCAGACAAGUUUCGUCUCAAAGAUAUAGUAUCAGCUCUCCGUUCAAAUAUUGCCAACUACAUUGUUGGCGAAGGCUUGACAAUUGGACUUAUCAAUGGUUGGCGUGCCAUUGGAGAAAAGGUGAAGUUAAAUCCAAAUGAAUUAAAAGCAAUCAGUGCUGCAGGACAUUUAAAGACACAUACAAAUGAGGGUGAGCAACUACUGUUAAAGCUGGAAACUUGUCAGCCAGAGUUGACACUUACUGAAUUUGUCAAUAUUCUAGAAAACCUUGGGAGGAAAGAUGUGGUGAACUUGAUAAAAGACCACUACAAUAAUGAAAACGAAGCAAACAUUAAUGCAAAUCAAAUAAGUGUUACCCCUCAAAAUAGCCAUCCUGAACCUGAAUUUGUUUGAAAGUAUGAGCAUGCCAACUUGCAAUAUCAAAUGCAAGAGACUGUUAAUUCAUACAAGUGGGUUCAAAAAAUUAGGCAUAGACAUAUUGUCUGAUACACUUCAGAAUGCAGCUCAAAUUUAGGGCCUCCUGCACAGAACAAUAGAUUUCCAGUUCUCGAGAGAUUGAAAAUUCUUUUGGUGAAUUUGACAUUUAUUGUUUUAGUAAAUGCUUGAUAUUCCCUAAAGACAUUAUUAUGCUCUUGCUGCAGGAAAAAGGACAUUAUUUGUAUAUAUUAUAUGCACAAACUUACAUUGAAAACCUUUUAAGAGCCCAGAAGCAAUUUUUAAAAGUAAAUAAAUUAAGAUAAGAACAUGGAUUUCUUCAUUAGUUUAGACCAAUAUAUAUAUAGAAGCUAAGGUACCAUAUAGAAACUAGCUACAGUAUAACCCUGUUAAUAAGGACACCGUUGGGACGGACAAAACUGUCCUUAUUAACAGGGUGUCCUUAUUAAGCGAGGUGUAAAAAAAAACAGCUGAAAAUACAUUUUUAACCGUUUGUUUUUACUCUGCUGUAAACCUUGAGCUACAAUGUUCAAUACAACAGCCUGAACUGAAACAAAAAGUACAAGCACUACAUCAUUUCUAUACUGUGCUGUAUAAUUUCCGAUUGCGAGCUCUGUCUAUUUGAUUAUGCUGUAAUAUUUAGUAAAAUCUACUGCAAUAAUGGUCAGUUGAUACGCAAUAACUGACAAUAUAAUCCGUAUUAAUUCGAUAUAUCAAUGAAAAAAUUCAGUAAAGACGUCUUUAAAUUUCAAGUGUCCUUAAUAUGGGGUUGAUUUUGUAUGGAAACUGUCAUUUAGGUCCUAGAAAAGUGUCCUUUGUACUUAUUAACGGGUGUAGUGUAAAUAUUAUAAAUAUUAUAAAUAAUAAGUUAAUAUUUUAAAAAAGCAAGUAUACAUAUAGUCAAUAAAUUAAUCAUGCAAUGUUGUUAAUUUAUUGUUUAAUAUAUAGAACCAAUAUUGUAAUCUUUAUGGCUUGAUGCACCAAGAAUAAAGAUCAAAGAUAUGAUUGUAUAUAAGUUAUUUCAAAAAUGGACAUUGGAGCCAAAGGCAACAGGAGGUGAUCAGUGAUAUUAAUUCUAUAGGUUUUUCAAGAUCAAAGAAUAGCUGGAAUGACUCAUGUUUCUGCUUCUUAUUCUCGUCAUUCUAGGCACACAAAAAAGAUGUAAGCUCAUAAUAUUCUUUAAUUUCCAUCUUAGAAUGACCUAGCUAUCACCUGCUAUUUCCUACAUCUCCUCUCUGACGAUAACCUUCUUUGAUAUAUAGGUAUAGAAAAGAUUUUAAACUCAUAUGACAUGACAACAUUCUGCAGGCCAGUAUUUAUAUGCUAAGCAGUAAUAAUUUUUUUGUCUAAAAAGAAAACACUUGAAUUAUAAAUGUCCAAGAAAACCAUAUUUUAUAGGGAGGGAUAUUUAUAAGGUGUCUAUAAUUAAGACUCCAUCAGUUUGUAGUCAUUUUAUUACAUCUGCAGGAUAUACUAAUAGUCAAUAAGACAGAAUAAGUGCUUGCUAAAUCUAGCAACAUACGAAUUGUUAGGGUGAAGUCACUAAACCUGUGAAAUAAAAAUUGCUUGUUAAAGUGUAAUAGUCCAAUAAUAGACACAAAAGAAAACAAUGGAAUUAGGGUCUACUAUAUAUUAAAGUGUAUUAGUCUAAUAUCUAUUGCACAGGUUUAGUGACUUCACUGUAAUGAAUUAAAGAAUUCAAAGUACUGUAUCUUCAUCAACAGUCUAUAUAUAUAUAUACUUCUUUCAAUAAUAGACCAAAUCCAUGGUGUAACGAUGUUUUCCCAAUUUAGGCAAAACAAACCCCUUGAGGAAUGAUUACCUAUUGUGUUGAAACUCUUGUCUGAUGUUAUCCCAUGACUCCCUUAGGAUACUUACAAAGUUUUUGAAGAGUAAAAACAAACAAAAAUUGAAUCAGACCUUAGAGGUUUGUCAUGCACUGAGUUGGGAAAACAUUGUGACACAUGGAUUAGGUCCUAAGAGCUAUAGUCACCAAAAAGUUGAGACCACUGAAAAAAAUAGGAAACAAAACAAAAACUGACUUUAUUGAAUUUAGUAUUUUAUAUGUACCAACUACAGCUGAAUAGAUAGUACCCUGCAAGCAGAGGGAUUUUUUUAAAACCCCUCUGCUCGCAGGGUAAAUAUAUAGGUGCUAACAAAGUAAAGUUAGUAUUGUUUUCAAACACUUAGGCCCAUGCAGUCCACAAGUCGAACUUUUGCCAAGUGAAAUGUUUUGUAAACAACGGAUAUUAUUCAGCUAAUGUGUAAAAACCAAACAGUUUGAUGUACAUAUACUGUAGAUAUAUAUAUAGUGGGAUAUGUCAUUCUUAUGAACACUGACAUUGCGAUGCUAAAAAUAAUCUGCCAACCUGCCAAAAAUAUUACUGACCAUUCAAAUGACAAUUUUAGUCCAGUUGCUCAUAAUAUUGUACAUAUCCACCAAUAGAUAUACAUGUAUAUAAUAAUUAUAAUGCACUAAAGUGUAAGACAAUAAGAAAUAAACCCCUGAAAAAUUAA